GGCGUUGACAGAAGGAUGGUCCAGCUGAUAGAGGCGGCAGCAUGCUGAGCGCAGCCGCCACACAAUGCCAUAUACAAACUCACCCGCGCAGUGGAAGUAGACUUCUUUACCUUCAUGCCACCGCAGCCAAAGAUCAGAAAAGCAGCGGUUAAACAUCAGCAGCCGCUCCGGUGAUCCGCUCUGCUUAACACAUUCAGUAAGGAGAUUUAUCACACGCAACCUGAAGAGAUGAGCAGCAGCAAGAAGAUGGAGGAUGAGGCGGUGCUGGACCGGGGGGUGUCCUUACUCAAGCAUAUCUGUGACGAGGAGGAGGUAGAGGGUCACCACACCGUUUACAUUGGCGUGCAUGUGCCCAAGAGCUAUCGGCGUCGGAGGCGUCAUCGUCGGAGAACCGGCCACAAGGACAGAAAGGAGAAGUUGACGGAGAACACCUCUGACAAGUCGGACACAGAAAAUAACGAUGAGGCCAGCAACAGCAUCCUCAAACCUCUCAUCUCGCCGGCAGCUGAGAGGAUCCGCUUCAUCCUCGGGGAGGAGGACGAUGGCCCGGCGCCCCCGCAACUCUUCACUGAGUUGGAUGAGCUGCUGUCAGUGGAUGGACAGGAGAUGGAGUGGAAGGAGACGGCCAGGUGGAUCAAGUUUGAGGAGAAGGUAGAGAAAGGAGGUGAACGCUGGAGUAAGCCCCAUGUGGCCACGCUGUCCUUACAUAGCCUUUUUGAAUUGCGGACGUGCAUAGAGAAAGGCACCAUCAUGCUGGACAUGGAAGCUUCCACCCUGCCUCAGGUUGUUGAGCUGAUCACUGACAACCAGAUAGAGAUCGGCCAGCUGAAAGCAGACCUAAAGGACAAAGUGAUGUACACGUUGCUACGGAAACAUCGUCACCAGACCAAGAAAUCCAACCUGCGCUCUCUGGCUGACAUCGGCAAGACGGUCUCCAGUGCAAGUAGGCUGUUUUCCAACCAGGAAAACGAUAGUCCCACCACAACUCAUCAGAACCUGACCUCCAGCAGCCUGAACGACAUUUCUGACAAACCGGAAAAAGACCAGCUGAGGAACAAGUUCAUGAAGAAGUUGCCGAGAGACGCCGAGGCCUCCAAUGUGCUGGUGGGGGAGGUGGACUUCCUGGACGCUCCGUUUGUGGCGUUCGUUCGUCUGCAGCAAGCUGUGAUGCUCGGAGCCUUAACAGAGGUUCCAGUUCCCACAAGAUUUUUAUUCAUCUUGCUUGGACCCAAAGGCAAAGCCAAGUCGUACCAUGAGAUUGGACGAGCGAUCGCCACGCUGAUGUCAGAUGAGGUCUUUCAUGACAUUGCGUAUAAGGCCAAGGACAGACAAGAUCUGCUGGCCGGCAUCGACGAGUUCCUGGAUGAGGUGAUUGUGCUUCCUCCUGGAGAGUGGGACCCGGCCAUCAGGAUAGAGCCCCCGAAAUCCCUCCCGUCCUCUGACAAAAGGAAAAACAUGUAUGCAGGAGGGGAAUCGCAGAUGAACGGAGAUAUGCCUCAUGAUGGAGGUCACGGAGGAGGGGGGCACGCUGUAGGUGACGAGCUGAAGAAGACUGGAAGGUUUUGUGGGGGUCUCUUACUCGACAUCAAAAGAAAAGCGCCUUUCUUUGUCAGUGACUUCACCGAUGGAUUUCACAUUCAGGUCUUGUCGACCAUUUUGUUUAUUUACCUGGGAACUGUGACGAAUGCCAUCACCUUCGGUGGUCUGCUGGGGGAUGCUACAGAAAACAUGCAGGGCGUGUUGGAGAGUUUUCUGGGCACAGCAAUCACCGGUGGGGUUUUCUGUCUGCUGGCUGGUCAGCCUCUCACCAUCCUCAGCAGCACUGGUCCUGUUCUUGUGUUUGAACGGCUGCUCUUCAAUUUCAGCAGAGAGAAUGGCUUUGACUACCUGGAGUUCCGCCUGUGGAUUGGCCUGUGGUCGGCGUUCUUCUGCCUGGUGCUCGUGGCCACUGAUGCCAGCUUCUUGGUGCAGUACUUCACCCGGUUCACUGAGGAGGGCUUCUCCUGUCUCAUCAGCUUCAUCUUCAUCUAUGAUGCCUUCAAGAAGAUGCUCAAAUUAGCUCACCACUAUCCCAUCAACAGCGAAUUUAAGAUGGAAUAUGUCACACAAUACGACUGCCUCUGUAUGGCUCCUGCUGUUCUAGAGAACAGUACAGAUAUCAUUGGUGACCCAUUAGAAGGUACUUCAGUCUGGUACUGGAACAACACUGAUCUGCCAAUGAACGCCACAUGGUCGUCCCUCACAAAGACCGAGUGCUUAAAGUACAAAGGAGAGCUGGUGGGGAAGGCCUGUGAGUUUGUCCCAGACAUCGCCCUCAUGUCCUUCAUUCUGUUCUUCGGCACUUACACCUGCUCCAUGUGUCUGAAGAAGUUCAAGAGCAGCCCCUUCUUCCCCACCACAGUGAGGAAGCUCAUCAGUGACUUUGCCAUCAUCCUGGCCAUCUUUAUCUUCUGUGGAGUUGAUAUGCUUGUAGGAGUUGACACUCCAAAACUCAUUGUGCCAACCGAAUUCAAGCCAACAAGUCCAAACCGGGGCUGGUUUGUUCCCCCGUUCGGAGGAAACCCCUGGUGGGUUUACCUGGUGUCGGCCCUUCCUGCCCUGCUGGUCACCAUACUGGUCUUCAUGGACCAGCAGAUUACUGCUGUGAUUGUCAACAGGAAGGAGCACAAGCUGAAGAAAGGGGCAGGUUACCAUCUGGAUCUGUUCUGGGUGGCCGUUCUGAUGGUGAUUUGCUCCUUCAUGGGUCUGCCAUGGUACGUGGCUGCCACCGUUAUCUCCAUUGCGCACAUCGACAGUCUGAAGAUGGAAACCGAAACAUCGGCUCCCGGAGAGCAGCCGAAGUUUCUGGGUGUGAGAGAGCAGAGGGUCACUGGUGUGUUUGUGUUCAUCCUGACAGGACUGUCUGUAUUUAUGUCUCCCAUUUUAAAGUUUAUCCCCAUGCCGGUGCUGUACGGAGUCUUCCUAUACAUGGGAGUCGCCUCUCUUAAUGGAGUUCAGUUUAUGGAUCGUCUCAAGCUGCUUCUGAUGCCAGCAAAGCAUCAGCCGGACCUGGUUUACCUGCGACACGUUCCUCUCAGGAAGGUUCACCUCUUCACCUUCAUCCAGAUCCUAUGCUUGGCUCUGCUCUGGGUCCUCAAGUCCACUGUGGCUGCUAUUGUAUUCCCUGUCAUGAUCCUUGCUCUGGUAGCUGUCAGAAAAGUGAUGGACUACAUGUUCUCCCAGCACGACCUCAGCUUCCUGGACGAUGUCAUCCCAGAGAAGGACAAGAAGAAGAAAGAGGACGAGAAGAAGAAAAAGAAAAAAGGAGGCAGCAUAGACAGCGACGCUGAAGACUCUGACUAUCCUUACAAUGAUGUUCCCAGCAUUAAAAUCCCCAUGGACAUGAUGGAGCAGGAGCCCUUCUUAGGUGAUAAGGCGUCUGACAGAGAGAAGUCCCCAUCAUUCCUUGAACGACAUACAUCGUGCUGAGCAGCUUCGCUACUACCAGGCCAAUUACUUGUCCAGCCCCGAGAUGAGUCCGCUGAAGUCUGUGCCUCAGAUUAGAAUAGACAUGGACCCAGACGACGAUAAUUCAUUCUACUGGAAGAGAAGAGGUUCUGAAACGUCUCUGUAGAGCACCAAAUCCUGCAGCACCCGC